AUUGUUCUUUUCUUCUCCGUUUGUUCGAAUGGGAAGAAGAAAAAAAACUUUUGAGUUUGGGGUCAAAAUGGAAUCUUUGAAGCUUUGAUUUCAUUAAUCAAUCCUUUUUGUUUCCUUUUUUUUUCAAAACGAUUUUAUUUUUUGUUUCUUUUCUUUUUUUGGUUCUUCAAUGGAAACAAAAGCUGGGGAAAUUGGAAAGAAACGAGCCAUGCAAAUGGUGAAUCUCCCGAGGUACGAAAAUGGUGAAGAAGAGAUUGAGUUGAGCUUAGGACUUUCAAUGAACGGUCGUUUUGGGGUCGACCCAAGAUCCAAGAAGCUCAGCAGAUCAUCUUCGAUACCCGAUUUCAUCAACAACUCAACCGAUGAACCUUCUUCUCCAUCUCUGUUUCUCAUGGCGGCUUGUGGUGGGUCACUUUCUAGGACAUGUUCUUUGCCUGUCGAGACAGCGGAAGAGUGGAGAAGAAGGAAGGAGUUACAGUCUUCGUCGAGACUUGAAGCCAAGAGGAAGAGGUGUGAGAAACAGAAGAAUUUGAGGGCUUUGAAAGAUAGGAAAAUGGAGGGUUUUGUUGUUGAAGAAGAAGAAGAUAAGAGAGAAGAGGGUUCAAUUGGAUCCCAUGGAAGUGGCUCAUCUGGCUUAUGUGAACUUGAAAGCCAACCCCCUCAAGGAACUUAUAAAUGCCCUGGAUCGGGAAGCCCUACCAGCGCACAAUCUGCAAUGCAGACCGAGCAGAAACCGAACAUCAUCCCUGGAAAGAUCACAACUCAGAAAUCCGAAAACCUAGCCGGAAUUGCCGCAAAGAAUCAACAUAACCAACCCGCUGUCGAUAAAAAGAGUGUCGAGCCAACCAUAAGGAACAUUAUGGAAGAUAUGCCUUGUGUGUCGACAACAGGGGACGGCCCCAAUGGGAAGAGAAUAGAAGGGUUUCUAUACAGAUAUAGAAAAGGUGACGAAGUGAGAAUAGUAUGUGUCUGCCAUGGCAGCUUCCUUUCACCGGCCGAGUUCGUCAAGCAUGCUGGCGGCGAUGACGUCGAACAUCCAUUAAAGCAUAUAGUUGUUAGCCCCUCUUCUAAAUACUGAAAGAAAGGAUUCAAUGGAUGAAUUUGCUGGCUUAUUAACAUUUCAGAAUCUCUUUUUCUUUCAUUUUCAUCUGGAAAUCUGGACUAGGGUUAUUGACAAUCUUAUUAAA